AUGGUGCUGUGGGAGCUGACGCUGGCGACGGCGUAUUUCCUCGGGCUCAAGCGCACGUACCGCCUGGCGCUCAAAAUGCAGAAGAGGGUCCUUCUCUCGCGACCCGGGAUUCGCGACUUCGCGAAAAGGCGCACACGAGCGGUGUUCGGAGUGGCGCUGACGGCCGUUGAAACCAUCCAGCAUAGGGACAUCGAGAUUGGUCGCUCUGUGGGAAACUUCCUCCUCCGCUUCCUCGACCGCAUGAAGCCCUCGGCGCACAUUCGAGGGGAUGGACCCAUGCCAGGAGGGGCAGGAGGAGGGGGGGUUCAUUCAAGCCAUGCCCCACCCACGCCGGGAGGAGCAGCAGGAGGGGGGCAUCAAAACCAUGCAGCCAUUCCGGGAGGUACAGCACGGGACAGUGGGGUGGUAGCAGGGCACAGCGUUGGAGGGUCUGGAGCACUUCAGAUUCAUGGAGCCCCUUCACUCGUGCUACCAGCUGCCCUGCAAGCCCGAGACAGCCUGCCCGCCAUGCCCCGAUAUCUACAGUCUCCUUUAUUACAGAAGGCAUUGUUUCCUUCACAGUCCGCCCCCACAUCCUCCACGUAUCUAGCGUAUCAUGGCGCUGCUGGUGUCGCCCCUGCUGCGUUCUCCUGCUUGCCAAGAAUAGUCCAACCGCUGCUGGCAUGUCCGCCCAGAUGA